CACCCUGUACGGUUACAGAGAUCGGAAAUUGGAUAUCUAAGUUCUCAGAUCUGAUCUAUUCAACGUCGUUGCAGUACUAAUGGCUCCGUUCAGCGGCGAUGAAACGGCACCGUUUUUUGGCUUCCUAGGAGCCGCAGCUGCCCUCGUUUUCUCCUGUAUGGGAGCUGCCUAUGGCACAGCAAAGAGUGGCGUGGGCGUGGCAUCGAUGGGUGUGAUGAGACCGGAGCUGGUGAUGAAGUCUAUUGUCCCUGUUGUUAUGGCCGGAGUUUUGGGUAUUUAUGGCCUUAUUAUUGCUGUUAUUAUCAGUACUGGCAUUAAUCCCAAGGCCAAAUCUUAUUACCUCUUUGAUGGUUAUGCACAUCUCUCGUCUGGUCUUGCUUGUGGUUUGGCUGGGCUCUCUGCUGGCAUGGCAAUUGGUAUUGUUGGUGAUGCUGGUGUUAGAGCCAAUGCACAGCAGCCAAAACUUUUUGUUGGAAUGAUUCUGAUCCUUAUCUUUGCUGAAGCGCUUGCCCUGUAUGGUCUCAUUGUUGGUAUUAUCCUGUCAUCUCGUGCCGGCCAAUCUAGAGCUGAUUAAGAAAGGAGGCGUGGUGCGAAAUAUUCUUUGACCUCCUAUCUGUAUUAACCUUCUUAUUUUGAGGGUGAGGGGGUAAUAUUUUUAGUUGUGAGGUUAGUGUUCAGACGCCAGUUGCAGGAUUUAACGACUACUUAAGUGAAAGCAGUAGCUGCACCAGUGAUUUUGGUGUUUGUAUAAGUAGUCUUUCUUUGCUUAAUAAAGCUUUUUAAGCUUCUUUUUUUCCCUAUGAAAUGUACUGCGCCAUAUGAUCCGAGUCUACAUUUUAUUUUUGUAGCUGCUGCUGCAGAUGAAGCUGCUGGUAGUGCAUGUAAUGAUUUGGUUGCCAAUGUAAUUUAUUUGCAUUAAUGGGUCUUUUAAUAUUGAAUGCUGGUGCAACUAAACGGUGCUUUGUGUUUUGAAUAGUCGUAGAAUCGAUAUUGAAAUUCUCAAUAAAGGCAUGUUGAGUAUUCUAAUAUUUUGCAUCGUACGAUUGUUGAAGUAAGGUGGGAACAUGAAUUGAACUUGC